AUGUGUGAUGCUCAACAUGAGAGAGUAAUAGCCUUGAAUCUUGGGGAGAUGGGUCUCAAGGGAACUUUGCCCUCAAAAAUUGGGAAUUUGUCUUUUUUGGUUGAACUUGACCUUCAUAGUAAUAACCUUUAUGGUGACUUGCCAAAAGAGUUGAUCCAAUUACAGAAGCUACAAAUUCUCAACUUGAGCUACAAUGAAUUCAAUGGAGAAAUUCCAACUUGGAUUGGAAGCUUAUUUAUGCUUCAGCACUUCCAUCUUCGUAAUAAUAGUUUUGGAGGUGUUAUUCCUAAAAGCAUAUCCAAUUUGUCAAAGUUAGAGACCUUGAACUGGAAUGAUAACUUUGUUGAAGGAUUCAUUCCAUUUGAAAUUGGAAAGCUUCAAUGUUUGAAGAUUUUACAAAUUGCAGUAAACAAGCUUUCAGGAAGAAUACCUCCAACUAUUUCUAACUUAUCCUCACUUGAGAAGUUGUCUUUGCCUUACAACUUCUUAACAG